UCCCAUGAUGCAACGCGGUAAUGCUAACUUUUGCAAUACACAUGAUAAACAACAGCAGUGGUUUCCGGCAACUCCAGCCCCAGCAGCGAAUAUAAAUGGUCUUCAAGAAGAUUGAUCUCCGCUGACUCGGUGUCAUCCCUAAGGCCGUGUCCACACGCUGUAACACUGCUACAGACAACUGAAGAAAACGGAGACGAAGAAGUAUACAAACUGCAGAAGAAGACAACAACAACAACAAAAAGAAGAUGGUGAACGCAAAGGAAAGCUCCAAGACCAAAGCCAAUCAAUUGGUGUGGACAAACAGCGAGGUGAAACUCCUGUUGCGAGUCACUCUAGACUACAAAUCAAAUAAGCUACAGGAGGGUGUCGACUGGGAGUCCUGCAAGUGGAAGUACGAGGACAUAAAGGGCCUGUUUGAGGCGCAAUACCCGAAUAAAUCGACAGAGAAGGAUUUCCCUCACGACGUGAAAACAAUAUCAAGAAUACAGGUCCAAACCAAGUUGAAAAAUAUACGAAAGAACUACAGGAAGGCGGUGGUCGCUGGGCGUCGAAGUGGCAGUCGGGUGGUGCUCAAGUAUUUUGAGCUAUGUGAGCAGCUUUGGGGUGGCUCGCCUGCUACGCAAUGUAUCGACGCCGCCAUCGAGACGAGUGACCAGGAGGGCAUUGAGGACCUCGAAUACUCCUCUUCAGAGUCAGCGGAGACUGCUGAUUCUGAACCAACUGAAGCCAUACAAAAUCUCUCUCCUGCGGUUGUAAAGAAGCGCAGGGAUUUGCUCCAGGCAAAGCUGAACAACCACAGAGGGGACAGGCUAAAGAGGAAGGUACCGGCUACCCCCCUCGAGCAGGAGGAUCUUCAAAUAAAGAGGCGGAUGGAGGAGAAAAAUCCGGGGACAUUUUCAGUUCAAACACGGUCUUCAAGAAGAUUGAUCUCCGCUGACACAGUGUCAUCCCUAAGGCCCUGUCCACAUGCUGUAACACUGCUACAGACAACUGAAGAAAACGGAGAAGGUGACAUGGAGCAUGCGAAUAAAGCAUGCAAGCUGUAUACAAACUCCGCAGAAGAAGACGACAACAACAAGAAGAUGGCGAACGCAAAGGAAAGCUCCAAGACCAAAAUCGAUUUGUUGGUGUGGACAGACAACGAAGUGAAACUCCUGUUGCAAGUCACUCUGGACUACAAAUCAAAUAAGAUACAGGAGGGUGUCGACUGGGAGUCCUGCAAGUCGAAGUACGAGGACAUAAAGGGCCUGUUUGAGGCGCAAUACCCGAAUAACUCGACGGGGGGGGAUUUCCCUCACGACGCGAAAACAAUGUCAAGAAUACAGGUCACAACCAAGUUGAAAAACAUUAAAAGGAACUACAGGAAGGCAGUGGACACUGGGUGUCGAAGUGGCAAUGGGCGGGUGGUGCUCAUGAAUUUUGAGCUCUGUGAGCAGCUUUGGGGUGGCUCGCCUGCUACGCAGUGUAUAGACGCCGCCAUCGAGACGGGUGACCUGGAGGACCUCGAAGUCUCCUCUCCAGAGACAGCGGAGACUGCCGAUUCUGAACCAACUGAAGCCAUACAAAAUCUCUCUCCUGCGGUUGUAAAGAAGCGCAGGGAUUUGCUCCAGGCAAAGCUGAACAACCACAGAGGGGACAGGCUAAAGAGGAAGGUUCCGGCUACCCCCCUUGAGCAGAGUCACAAAGUGGCUGAAAUGAAGAUUAGUAAAGGAUCUUCAAGAACAAACUCCGCAGUAGAAGAAAACAACAACAAUAAGAAGAUAGCGAACGCAGAGGAAAGCUCCAAGACCCAAAUCGAUUCGUUGGUGUGGACAGACGACGAGGUGAAACUCCUGUUGCAAGUCACUCUGGACUACAAAUCAAAUAAGAUACAGGAGGGUGUCGAAUGGGAGUCCUGCAAGUCGAAGUACGAGGACAUAAAGGGCCUGUUUGAGGCGCAAUACCCGAAGAACUCGACAGAGAAGGAUUUCCCUCACGACGCGAAAACAAUAUCAAGAGUACAGGUCACAAGCAAGUUGAAAAAUGUUAAAAUGAACUACAGGAAGGCGGUAGACGCUGGGCGUCGAAGUGGCAAUGGGCGGGUGGUGCUAAUAUAUUUUGAGCUAUGUGAGCAGCUUUGGGGUGGUUCGCCUGCUACGCAAUGUAUCGACGCCGCCAUCGAGACGAGUGACCAGGAGGGCAUUGAGGACCUCGAAUACUCCUCUUCAGAGUCAGAGGAGACUGCUGAUUCUGAACCAACUGAAGCCAUACGAAAUUUUCCUCCUGCAGUUGUAAAGAAGCGCAGGGAUUUGCUCCAGGCAAAGCUGAACAACCACAGAGGGGACAGGCUAAAGAGGAAGGUUCCGGCUACCCCCCUCGAGCAGGAGGAUCUUCAAAUAAAGAGGCGGAUGUUGGCGUUAAUGGAGGAGAAUUCCAGACGCAACUCGGACAACAUUGCCCAAAUCAACACAAACAUUGGGCAAAUUACCAGCACUAUACAGGACGGCAUCUCCCUGAUGAGGGAGUUAUUACUCCAGCCCAAUGCAAGUAACUUUGCACACCCCCACAGCAGCAGCGUUGGGAAUGGGCAAUUCCAAGGGCACCCACCAGCUUUCAUGCAUACCACACCGCACCCCAGUACACCGGCCUUCCGGCACACACCUAGGCCUCAACAAGCAAAUACACACAAUCACAUGCCACCCCAAUAUCCACCAACACAUGCCGCCCCACAGCAGUCAUUUUCGUACGGAUGACCAUGCACUGUGCCUCGCUCUGUUGCACUGCACUGUUGCACUGGACUUUACACUUGUUAUUUUUUAUUUUUUUGUAUUGUAUAUAGUAAAAUCCUUUGUGUUUUAAAGUUUUAAUAUUUAGAUAGUUGAUUUUUUUUAAUUACCACUUAUCUGUCCUAAGGACAGUUAUUCUGAUAUUGCAUUUGCAUAUCCAAUAAAUAAAAAAAUACUAGAA